CAUAACUGAAUGUCCCGGAUGAAGCAAAACUCCGCCAUCUUGGCUGGAUUGUGAACAUUUUGCUAUUUGGUUUGGAGUUCGAGCUCAAAAUAAGAGCUCUAAGCUCUAAAGAAAGAUGUUUAAGCUUGCAUUGCCAAGAGGAACUGUCCUCAAACAUACAAGAAAUGUUCUGCCAUCCAUCCAUUUUGCAGCUAAACAAUCUACUGCAGCUGUACCAGCUCCAGAAAAGAUUGAGGUUUUUGUGAAUGAUAAGAGAGUACUGGUUGAUCCUAGAGUGACAGUUCUUCAGGCAUGUGCUCAAGCUGGAGUAGAGAUCCCAAGGUAUUGUUACCAUGAUAAACUGUCUAUUGCAGGAAACUGCAGGAUGUGCUUGGUUGAAGUUGAAAGAUCACCAAAGCCUAUUGCUUCAUGUGCUAUGCCUGUCAUGAAAGGAAUGAAGAUCAAAACAGAUUCUCCAGUGACCAGGAAGGCAAGAGAGGGUGUCAUGGAAUUCCUCCUGAUGAAUCACCCAUUGGACUGCCCAAUCUGUGACCAAGGUGGAGAAUGUGACUUACAAGACCAGUCUAUGGCUUUUGGUAGUGAUAGAACUCGUUUUGUGGACAAUGAUUUUUCAGGAAAGAGAUUUGCCAGUGAAAUAGCAGGAGUGGAUGAGUUAGGUACAACAGGACGUGGUAGUGAUAUGCAAGUUGGGACAUAUAUUGAGAAGAUGUUCAAGUCAGAGCUAUCAGGAAAUGUUAUAGAUCUUUGUCCAGUUGGCGCUUUAACAUCAAAGCCAUAUGCAUUUGUUGCAAGGCCAUGGGAGUUAAGGAAAACAGAUUCUAUAGAUGUCUUGGAUGCUGUAGGUAGCAACAUAGUUGUGAACCAUAGGUCUGGUGAGGUCAUGAGAAUCCUACCAAGGCUAAAUGAGGAUGUAAAUGAAGAAUGGAUAUCUGACAAAACAAGAUUUGCAUAUGAUGGACUAAAACGCCAGCGUCUGACCACACCCAUGAUCAAAGAUGAACUUGGUAACCUGGUACCCUGUUCAUGGGAAGAUGCAUUGGUUUCUGUGGCCCAGAAAAUGAACUCAUUAAAGGGAGAAGAGAUGGCAGCAGUAGCUGGUGGUAUGAUUGAUGCAGAGGCACUAGUUGCACUUAAAGAUCUUUUUAAUAGGUUUAACAGUGAGGGGCUCUAUACUGAAGAAGGUUUUCCUACAACAGGGUCAAGCACUGAUUUGAGAUCAAACUACAUCAUGAAUGCAACUAUAGCAGGCAUUGAGGAUGCCGAUGUCUUGCUUAUCGUUGGUUCUAAUCCAAGAUAUGAGGCCCCACUUAUCAAUGCCCGUAUCCGCAAAAGCUGGAUGCACAAUGAUCUCCAUGUAGGUCUUGUUGGAGCAAAGGUGGACUUGACCUAUGAUUAUGAUCAUAUUGGUGAAACAGCUGACGUCUUACAGAACAUCAUGUCAGGAAAACACCCAUUCUCUAAGACCCUAGUCAAUAGCAAGAAACCAAUUAUUUUAGUGGGUAAUGACUGUCUGCAGGAAGCUGAUGGUGAUGCAAUCCUUGGCCUCGUCACUGAGAUGUCUCAGAAACUUAAGGGUCRCCAGGGAGUGGACCCUGAGUGGCGGGUGUUAAAUGUUAUGCACAGAGUUGCUAGUCAAGUAGCAGCUCUUGACAUUGGUUACAAACCUGGUACUAGAAAUAUGACAGAAAAGCCCAAACUUCUCUUCCUUCUUGGUUCUGAUGAGGGCACAAUUAAGCAUGAGGACUUACCCAAAGAUUGUUUUGUGGUGUACCAGGGUCACCAUGGUGACAGUGGUGCUCACAUGGCUGAUGUUAUCCUACCUGGAGCUGCGUAUACAGAGAAGACAGCAACAUACGUUAACACAGAGGGGCGUGCCCAACAAACCAGACGUGCUGUAACCCCUCCCACUAAUGCGAGAGAUGACUGGAAGGUUAUUAGAGCACUAUCUGAGAUUGCAGGCCAACCGUUACCAUAUGACACCCUUGAAGAAAUCAGGAGAAGAAUGACUGAGGUGUCACCUAACUUAACUCGUUACGGCGAUGCAGAGAAAGCUAACUUCUUUAGUCUUGCACAAGCUUUAAUACAGGUUAGUAUCACACUUAUUCUUACGAAACGUUUGUCUGGGGGUUAAUUUAAUGAAUUGAAG